AUGUAUUUCUAUGAAUAUGAAUCAUUUUGUAAACAGAACUUUCUCUUCACACUGCAGGAGAGUUUGAAAUGUAAAAAUAUAAAUCUAUUUUUUGUUAUUUUGGUACCUCCAAGGCCUAUGCAGAUGGGAGAAAGGCAAGCCAGUAGAAUAACAUAGAGGGUUCAAAAAUCCUGAUGGUGACAGCAGGUUCUAAUAAUGUUCUUAAUAGACCAAGAAACUGAAAGAGAAGACAGGUCAGCAGCAAUAUCAGUAGAAGAUGAGGCAUAUAGUGGCAUAAUCUGUCAAUAUUUUAUGGACAACCUUACCCUGAAAACAAUCAUGGCACUUAGAUGGAUGUCUGAAUUUUGUCUGAACACUAGAUUCCUCAUGAAGGUGAUCUUGUUGUCUUCAUCAAUGCUGGCAACUUAGUAGUCUCUUUUAAGACUACAUCCCUCAGAUGACUUUUUCACUGGUUAUCUUCUAAUUGAUAACUUUUCCUACAGAUGGCUUUACAGAAAACUAUACCUCUCUCAUGAUGAGUAUCUAUUUAAGGUGUAUCCCCCUUACUGUAGUGAACUUGGCUACAUACUAUAUGAGAAGCUAGGUCAGAGGAUAAAAAAAAUGAUGGGUCAUGUCAAACCCGUAAAGUUUGAAGAUGGUUACGUUGGCAUUUCCUUAACUAUAUUAAAAGUUCACGUCCAUAUUCCUGAUGACAUACAACUCUUUUUUUUAAUACAAAAUUAA